UCCGAUGCGACACCGGUGGAAUACAGUUUGGCGCAACUUCAUGCCGAGAAUGUGGCGUCAUCAACGACGUUUUCGAAUCCCGUCUAUGAAAUGGAAGAAUCGCCGGACGUACAGUCAGUAGCGACAACGCCAUCGUCGCUGGCAACUCCAGUACUCGAACCGCUGCAUGCUGCGUCAGCAAUAUCACGUUCCCAGUCACUUGAUAUCAAACCUGAACUCUCUACUGCUAUUAUUGCGCCGCAUGCGGAUUUGAGGCCCGGUGCGCCGAUUCCACCAAAAAGAACUCUAAAGGAAGGCAGCGACAAAGUGAAGCUCGUAAGCGGUGAUCAAGUUACAGACGUGUAA